AUGGAUCGAAUUAAACUAAUUGAUGAAGAGCUUGCUCUUUUUCAGACGCAUGCUGCGGAAGAGGUAAGUUACGGUAUAUCGCACACAAUCACUUCAGCGAAUCUAGCUUCCAGCAGAAUAGUGGGCCUGGAGACAUUGAUCCAUGAAAAGCGGUUUUUGUUAUGUAUGAAUGACGCUGUGUAUAUAAUUGAAGAUAGUGAAGCGAUUGCCCAUCUCUCUUUCAAUGAAAGACAUAUCUGUUGCUGCGCUUACAUUUCUCUCAAGGUACUUAGCGGACAAACAAUACAUGUAUUCUUCAUGGAUAAUAACACGAUAGAACUGCAUGAAAUAAUUGAUAAAGAGAUUAUUUGUUUGGAGAAGCUAGCUUUUCCAAAAGAUAUCCGAUUUAAGAAAGGAACGGGUCAAAUCUUUUUGGCGAACACAGGCACAAUAAUUUAUUUUACUCUUGAUCAUCAUAAUGUUUUCGCAUGGAAUGUUAGCGAUAUUCUUAUGAAACAAAGAAUUGCCAAUUUCAAAAAGGUCUAUUCAGUUUAUGAUGAUGAACUCCUGUUCUUUGCAUUUCUAAAAGAAAGAACUUCUAUAUUGACUGUGGCUAGAUGUGCAUUUAAUGGCAUGAUUGCUAUAGAGCGAGCCAGUAUGACAAACGGAACGUAUCUAGGCACUAGCAGAAGUAUGACGGGUUCUCAAUUUGAUUGCAAUUAUCUGUAUAAACAAGUCAACGAUGAAUUGAUUGUUUUGUUGUCAACAGAGCAUACGAUACUAUUCACAGCUGCUAAGGAUCUUACUAAAUUCACUAACAACGGAUUGCCACACGAAAUUUUGGUCUAUUUACAUUGUGUUUUCGAAAGCUCGGAUAGAAUAUUACUGGAAGCUUGCCUUGCUUCGGGACGAAUCUUCCAAGCCCAAUGCUCAGCAAUUCCAAAGCAAAAUGACCAAGUAAUAUGGACCGGGGGCAAAUCAUUGAGCCGUGUUCGUAACGAAAAGUUCAAGUUUAUAACUCGUUUACAUAACGAGGUAUAUCUGACUGCUUCCGACACCAAAGGUAUUUCAGUGCAUUAUUUGCGCGAGAACUAUAGGCGUAAAGUCCAGCACUGUUCGUACUCUGAAGAAAUGUACUUUGAUUCAGCGAUUCUUCCCUCAAAAGACGAAGAGACAGAGUACAGAAUUUUUUGUGGUGCUUAUAACAGACAUCAUGGUUUUUUAAAGUGGCGAAGGACUCGACGUAAUGAUCUACCGGUGAGAGUUCUUUGGUCCAGAAAACUAAAGUAUGUACCGGUCUCUAACGUGUGGCUUUCUGAAGGAGUCCUAGUAUAUGAAAGUUUUGGACAACUCUAUGAUGUCCAUUCUGAUGCGAAGAUCUGUGAGUUUUCUGACGGUAUAUGGAUCACCAAAGGCGGUGUAACCGUUACGGAUGUUGAAUGUGAUAUUCUAUCGAUUGGUACUUUACUUGGCCCUGUAAUAAUGAAGAAUGAGACACUUGUUCAACUGAAGAAAUGCGGAAAACUAGAGAUAAUGAAUUACAGUAAAGAACGGACCGAAUGUUUGUUUCAAUGUGAGCUCGCAGAUCAAAUUCACAGCACCUCCGUUGCUGCUGCUUAUUCUUCUGAUAAUAGCGAAUUUCAUAUUUUGAUUUCUCAAGGAUAUGACUACUUGAGUUUCUUUCAUAACAAGAAUUGCAUUCGCAAAGUACAGGUUUCCAGAGGAUUUCACGUUUCUGAUCUGUUGAUCAAACGUGUUCUAUCGAAAUUGUAUUAUAUUGCGACCAGUACAGCAGGAGGUUGUUUAGUGUAUACUGCCGACUCUGCCAAACCAAUUUUAGAAAUUAAAGGUAAUGGGAGUGCAAAAUCCCAUAUUUUUGACAUUGGUUCGGAAGCCACAUAUAUCCUGAUUUACAGCUCUUCUGAUCAGAAAAUUGUCGAUCUUGCUCAGAAGGCAUAUCGAAAAAUUGAUCUACCUGUUAGGCCAUACCAGAUCAUUCGUAAUUAUGAUGAGAAAGACCAAGAAAGUUCAUUUUAUAUUUUAGACUACGAUUGGUGCUUGAGCUUGAUAUCUUGUGACAUUUCGCAAGUAGCGCAUGUACAGAAACUCGAAAAUAUGGAUGAAACAAGAGUUUUAGAUAUAGGUGGGUUUAUACCGCUGCAAAUUUUGACAAUGAAUAUAAAAGAUCAAGCGUUAGUCGUUAUGACAAAGUCACCAAAAACAAAUAUUUCAAUUUUAGAUUUUGAUUCUAUGAAAGUUGUUGGGAACUGCACACUUGGGACGAACUGCAGAAAUAUAAUACUAAGAGCUCUCUGGAAUGAUGCCUGCGAAGUAGAAUCAUACAUUGAUUUUAUCAUGCAGAAAACUGUCUUGGUCUAUUUCAUCAAGGAAAACGUAGCACACUUUAAGAUUAUUCGCAUACAAAAAAAUGUUUUUGUAUCACAACAAGAUUAUGAGUUACCAUGUCGAGCUUUAUUUAUCAAGGUUGAUCACGAGAAGAACCAGGUUCAUUUUGAUGGAUCAAGCAAACAGGUUUACAAUAUAUUUUACGACUCGAGUGCAGAUAGAGUAUCACUAAAGCUAUCACCUAAUACACAAGAGACAGCAGCACCAUAUCAUGGCGGAGCGGUAAAAAGUGCUUACAAGGAGAUCGAGGGAAACUUUUUUCAGGAGACGCCGUCUCAUGAGAGGCAGACACAUGUCACAGCGUGUGCUAUCAUGAGAAGUUUUUUCACUUCCGGGUAUAGAAACAAUGUUCCAAGGGCAUACGAUGCAUUAAUAGAUUAUCGCAAUUGUGUUAGCCUAUACCGCAUCUUCCGAGGCGUUCUCCAAGGUGAAGAUAGAACAUCUUUCAUUGGCCGAUUCAACAUAAACUCGAAAGUAACUAAUAUUUCACCGGUUCCGUACAGUUCAAAAGAAGCACACUCAACGCAUUCGAGAUUGGAGAGCGGACCUAGACGCACACCGCUUUUCGUCGUUACUUGCGCAGACGGCACGAUUUUCACUCUCACUGAGGUGGUAAAAGGCAGGUCGCACAUGUACAAUGAAGAUUAA